AUGGAGAUUCUAAUCCAAAUACCGCAAUGGCUCGUUGACAUGUUGGAGCUCGCAUAUUCAAAGGGUGAAACAGCGUACAACCUCCUGUUGGAGCAUUUUUCAUCCAUUUGGAGUUUUGUCACGUAUCAGUGGAACUCCCUCUUUCUCAUGCUCAGUAUGAUAUUCUUCUGGCCAAUGUGGGUGUACAUUGCAGUUACGCUGACUACUGCCUCAACAUGGAUAUUUUGGAUCUUUGCAUCGCUCUUACUGGGACUAAUUCAAAUGAUAUAUGUAUCCUACCAAUUUGUGAUGAUUGCCAAUGACGUGAUGAUUUUGACUUGCCUGAAAACGUAUCAAGUCAUUAUGCGUUCACGCACUACUCAAUUUCUAUUCUUCUUCAGCAAGACGCUGAGAAAGAAACGAAUUCGAACUUCAAGGCGACGAAAGUGGAGAUGUGAAUGUGAAUUAGCAAAGUCAUAUUCCGAAUUUCUACAAGUGCAGGUGAUGGAACCAAAGGAACCCAAAUUGGAGAAACCACCAACUGAUGUCAACAAGCCAAUGAAGCGAAGAACUCAUUCCUUCGCGACGAUGCAAACACUUUAUGAGCAGCAAGAUGAAAUAACCAAUCAAGGGGCCGAAUCGCCUCGCAGACGCGCCCACGAAAUGAAACGAAUGAGUUCGUUUUCUAGGGCGGUGUUCGACUUUGACAAUGACGACACCACCCCCAACAUGGAUCCAACUGUGGCGCAAGAUCUUGGAGAAAUGACUGCAGAGCUAUUGCAAUCGACUUUGAUCCGUUUGAAAGAAGCUCGAAAAAGUUGCACUUCCCAGAGCGAUUUAUCGAGUCUUGAACACCUCUUGUCCGGUGUAGUCAAACGCAAUCACUUGACACUCGAAGACUUGGUAGUCAACAAUGCCCGAGCUGUUGCUUUUUCCGGCCAAUAUGGAUUUUCUGCGGCGUCUAGGAGGCAAAUCGAUGCCUACUAUAACGAAGUGUCUAAGGGGCUUGAAUUUCUAGCAGAGGCCCCUGUUUCGGUGGACGAACCACUUGCUGUACUUUCGGAUCGGAUAAGUCUCGUACGGAAAAUGAAGCAGAACAUGGGAAGGACUGCAUUGAUGCUCUCUGGUGGAGGAGCUCAAGCGAUGUAUCACUUGGGAACGCUGCGGGCUCUCAUUGAUGCGGAUCUUUAUGACGAUAUUAAAGUGAUCUCCGGAACUUCAGGAGGAAGCAUCACGGCCGCCUGUUGCGCCAUGUAUUCCACGAAAGAAAUCUUUGAGAAAAUCUGCGUUCCAACUGUAUCAACGGACUUUAAAUUGAAUGGUGAAAUGAAGCAGAAGAAUAUCAAAUGGUUUCCACCAAUUCAAGACAUGGUGGGAUAUUGGUUGAAGAAACGGCUCUUAGUGGACAGUGAGUACUUUUAUCGGACUUGUGAGUUCUACUAUGGAGCAACCACCUUUGCUGAAGCAUUUGAGAGAACGGGAAAACAUGUAUGUAUUACGGUUUCGGCUAGCCGCGCAAGUGGUGGCACAGCACAGCGUCUUUUACUGAAUCACAUAUCGACUCCACAUGUGACUUUGGCUAGCGCUGUUGCCGCUAGCUGCGCAUUACCCGGUGUCAUGAAGCCAGCAAAAUUACAAACAAAGAGUUCAUUGGGAGAAAUCGAGCCUUUUGAAGUUGACGGAGUGGAAUGGAUAGACGGGUCGGUGCAAGCCGAUCUUCCAUUCCAGCGGAUUUCGACGCUUUUCAAUGUAUCGAACUUUAUUGUUUGUCAGACGAACUUUCAUGUUCAGCCAUUUCUGAACAAAGAUCAUCAUCCGAGUACGCGGAGUGCGUAUUGGAAACUGUUUCAACUUUUCGAGUGGGAUAUUCGCAGUCGUGCAUUGAAAUUGGGAAAGCUUGGUUUAUUUCCGAAGAUUUUUGGUCAAGAUAUAUCAAAAGUCUUCAAGCAGAAAUAUCACGGCAACCUCACGCUUGUUCCAAGAUUCACCGCAGCCCAAACCUUUGGGUUGAAAGCAUUAGUGAACCCAUCUGUAAAAGAAAUGGAGGGAUAUCUCAAAUAUGGCCAGGUUGCGGUAUGGCCAUAUGUCAGUGUAAUCCGAGAUAUGAUAAGGUUAGAGAAAUCCUUGGAUGAAUGUCUGGAUAACCUGAAGGUCAGAUGUAGUAAGCUCCAUGUUGAAAUAGACAUGUCAGAUUCAGACGAUCUAGAUUCGAUUGCUUCAAGCAGUGCUAGUCUAAACGCUAUCAGUCUGCGCAGAAGCAGCGUCCGUUUUGGGCAUCAUUCCGAGAUAGAAAGACUGAAGAAGAAGUUGUCCAAGUUGGAAGAUGAAAACCAAGAUCUUAGAGAGAAACUGAAGGAACUGGAACAAAUCAUACUAGCAAAUGUGGAUCAGCAGCAAGAAUUAAACGAAAAGAAGAAAUCAGACGACAAGCUGGGUAAACCGGUAGAAGGGGAUAAAGCGCAGGACGUUUCUGAGGGAAAGGUAUGGGAAAUACUCCGAGAUCUUGAUCGGAGAAGCUACACAUCGAUAGGGUGA